AUGAAAGCCUAUUACCACGAUGGUCUUGAGAUCAAAGAUAGAAGUUUCCCUCAUGAAAGCACAGAAGAAGUUUCUCUUGAAGAGCUAAAUAAUAUAGGAGUAUACAUUUAUCAUUUUGACCAAGUUUCUUCUGUCGACCAGCUUUCAAAAGAACGCAAUUAUAUGGCAAGAGAUGAGAUUGAAAUUUCUCCGAAAUCUUGUGGCAGUUGGGAAAAUUACCAGAUACAACUAGACAAGUAUUACAUUGAGCAUUUGCAUGAAGAUGAAGAAAUUCGGUAUGUACUUGAUGGUGCUGGUUACUUUGAUAUUCGAAACAACACUCAAGAUCGCUGGAUCAGAGUACACCUAACAAAGGGUGAUUUGGUUAUUGUUCCUGCCGGAAUAUAUCAUCGGUUUGCUCCAACAACUGACCAUUACAUUAAAAAUAUGAGACUCUUCCAAAACAGACCAAAGUGGAUGGCCAUAAAUCGUCCAGAGGCAGAUACAACAACUUUCAGAAAAAAAUAUUUAAAAGAAAUUAAGAUUAACUAA